AUGGACUUUAACUUCACACGGCUCCAACCCUAUGAAGAGCCCUUCUAUGCCAUCGUGCCCGGCAAAUGCUCCUAUCCUAUUGGCCAAGUUGUUUUGUCGGUCACCUUUGGCAUGCCCAACAACUACCGCACAGAGCACCUCACCUUUGACAUGGCCAACUUCAAGACUUCAUACCACACCAUCUUUGGUAGGCCCAUGCUGACGAGGUUUAUGGCGAUCCUGCACGACACCUACCUCAUCAUCAAGAUGUUGGCUCCAAAUGAUGUCCUCUCCGUCUACGGCGAUGUCAAGACUUCGUACAGGUGCGACACGGAGGCAGUACAGCUCACUAAAGCCCUUGACUACUCAGCCAAGGCCACCGCCAUUCUCAUUAAGGCCUAG